AUGUCCGGCGUGGCAAAUGUCUGCACACCCUGUGGGGCGUGCUUCGCCGGCAAGAGAGCCGCUAGUCACAGCGUGGGAAGCAACCACCACCAACCCCGCCACGCCCCGCCUUCGCUACCCCCGCCGCCGCAGCCGCCCCGGCCGACCCCGCCACAGCAUCACUCUGGCGUCCACGGGCUGCCCUCCCUCAGGCUAGCGGGUCAGGGCUGCAGCAACCAGACUGCCGAUUCUGCAGCAUCUCCUCCUCCUCCACCUCCUCCGCCGUCACGACCUCGCCGGUCACGCGAGCACUUGGCGGCGGCGGGUUCCCGGACGGCCGCGGGCGAGGCGAAGCCCCCGGGGCGGCGGGUGUCGAAUGUGGAGCAGCGGCCGGCCGGCCCGGCCAGGCCCGCCGCGGUGCCGUCAGGAGGCGCCGUGACGUCACGGCGGGGCUGCGCGCUCGGCGCUCGGCGGGCGGCGGUCCGCGCGGCGGCCGCAGUGUGUGUGCUGUUGGGAGUGCGCGCGCACGUCCGUCCGCCAGAGACGAGCACAGCCGACAGCCGACAGCCGAGAGUCGCAGAGAUGGCCGCGCCGCGCAUGUCCUGCAUGGAGGAGGAGAGCCUCCGCGAGCGCCUGCGCGCCGCCCUCCUCAAGCAGUGCGCCGACCUCCUGGUCGCUUCCGCCGCCCACGCCCCCCUCGCCGCCUCCGCCUCCAACGCUUCCGCGGCACCGGGGGCGGCGGGGGUGGCGCCCCCGUCGCCCUCGUCGCCCGCCCCCAGGCUGAACAGGGACGGCUUCCGACGCGCGUUCCUCGACAAGCGGCGGCCGCUCGGAGCGGAAGCUCUCCUCUGCAGUCAGCUGGUCGCCCCACCUGUUGCUGCUGGCAAGGUAGCUGCAGCCUGCAGGUGCCUCGCUGGUCUUGCGCUCCGAGGCACCGGCGCCAAAACUAAACGGCGCUCCACCCCCGCAGAUCCAGAAAGACCAUACUUCUUAGCUCUCUGA